AUGAGCCGACGCGGCAGCCAAGACUUGUCAAAAGGUCAAAAUCGUGCUGCUGUCUCGCCGAGGAAACCGCCAGCCACCUUGGCGUGCUUGCUUUUGCCCCCCUUCACCGGAACGUCGUCCAACGAUGAGGUGGCGGGACGGGCCUACGUCUCAUCCAGAAGGUGUCUAGAACACGAACGAACGAACGACGACAGGGUAAAGAGCUUUCUUCCUCUUUUCGCUCUUUCUCUCUGUCUCUCUCUCCCUUCCCCCGCCGGUUGGGCUGCCUUGCUGCACGCGUCGUGGUCCCCCAACCCGCAUGGGCCGCUCACGCGGACUACCUAUACUUCGUAUAGCUAG